GCAUUGUGCUGCCGCUCGCACUUUGCAGGCGCGGCGGGACUGGGAAUCCCGGGCGCCUCAGGCAGCCUCGCUGCCGCCUCCUUCUCCAGAGCUGGGCGCAUGAUGGCGGCAGCCGCCGUAGUGGAGGUGAGCGUGAGCAGCGCCGGGAGCAGCAGCAGCGAUACCUCCAGCACCGGCGAGGAGGAGAGGAUGAGGCGCCUCUUCCAGACCUGUGACGGCGAUGGGGACGGCUACAUCAGCAGGAAUGAUUUGCUGAUGGUUUGCCGCCAGCUGAAUAUGGAGGAGUCUGUCGCUGAGAUCAUGCACCAGCUGGGAGCAGAUGAAAAUGGAAAAAUUUCCUUUCAGGAUUUUAGUCAGUGCCGCAUGCAACUGGUGCGAGAAAUCAGAAAGGAGGAAGUGGAGCUUUCUGUGAAAUCAGAUGACUCUUGUAAAAAGAAAAAUUUAAGGGAUAGGAUGGCUUCCUGGCCGACUAGCAGCGAUAACAGUUUAGGUGCCCUGUCAGGAGCCAGAGAAAGCUGGGAAUAUGAUUCAGGAGCAAGAGAUCUUCAGAGUCCUGAUCUCCAGAGUCACUUUACCCUGCAAAAGCUAUUGGAAUAUGGUGGAAGCAAUGUAAUUCAACAGGCUGCUCUGCAGAGACUUCUAUCUCAGGCCUCAAAUCUUAGCAACUCUGUUGGAGGGAGUUAUUUAGAACUUGCCAACACUCUCCAUUUAGCAGCCCUGGCAUCAUUAAAGGGAGACAUAGUGGAGCUUAAUAAACGUCUACAACAAACAGAAAGGGAGCGUGACCUGUUGGAAAAGAAGUUGGCAAAAGCACAGUGUGAACAAUCUCACCUAAUGAGAGAGCACGAAGACGUGCAGGAGCGAACAACACUACGCUACGAGGAACGAAUCACAGAGCUGCACAGUAUCAUUGCUGAAUUAAAUAAGAAGAUUGAUCGACUACAAGGAACAACAAUAAGGGAGGAAGAUGAGUAUUCGGAGCUGCGGUCAGAGCUCAGCCAAAGCCAGCAUGAGGUCAAUGAUGACUCACGCAGCAUGGACCAGAAUUCUGUUUCAGUACCAGAGAAUCAGUCCACCAUGGUCACUGCAGACAUGGAUAACUGUAGUGACUUGAAUUCAGAACUGCAAAGAGUGCUGACAGGUCUGGAAAAUGUUGUCUGUGGAAGGAAGAAGAGCAGCUGCAGUUUAUCUGUAGCAGAAGUGGAUAGACAUAUUGAACAGCUCACCACUGCCAGCGAACAUUGUGAUCUAGCCAUUAAGACAGUAGAAGAAAUUGAGGGCGUACUAGGACGGGACCUUUAUCCAAAUCUAUCUGAAGAGAGAUCUCGAUGGGAAAAGGAGCUAGCUGGCCUGCGGGAAGAAAACGAGAGCCUCACCGCCAUGCUGUGUAGCAAAGAGGAAGAGCUGAACAGGACCAAGGCCACCAUGAACGCUAUUCGCGAAGAGAGGGACAGAUUGCGCAGAAGGGUUCGGGAACUGCAAACACGUUUGCAAAGUGUGCAGGCAACAGGUCCAUCCAGCCCAAGUCGUCUCACUUCUGCAAAUCGACCCAUUAACCCCAGUACUGGAGAACUGAGCACAAGCAGCAGUAGCAAUGACAUUCCCAUAGCCAAGAUUGCUGAAAGAGUGAAGUUGUCAAAGACAAGAUCAGAGUCUUCAUCGUCUGACAGACCUGUCCUAGGAUCAGAAAUCAGCAGCAUAGGAGUGUCUAGCAGUGUGGCUGAACACUUGGCACAUUCCCUCCAAGACUGCUCAAAUAUCCAAGAAAUCUUCCAAACUCUUUAUUCACAUGGAUCUGCUAUCUCUGAAAGUAAAAUCCGAGAAUUUGAAGUGGAGACAGAGAGAUUAAAUAGCCGUAUUGAACACUUGAAAUCCCAGAAUGACUUGUUGACAAUAACACUGGAGGAGUGCAAGAGCAAUGCAGAGCGGAUGAGCAUGCUUGUUGGGAAGUAUGAGUCCAAUGCCACAGCCCUCAGGCUUGCACUGCAAUAUAGUGAACAGUGCAUAGAAGCAUAUGAGCUGCUGUUGGCAUUGGCAGAAAGCGAGCAGAGUCUCAUUCUUGGGCAAUUCAGAGCUGCAGGUGUUGGUUCUGUUGGGGACCAAACAGGUGAUGAAAACAUUACCCAGAUGCUGAAGAGAGCUCAUGACUGCAGGAAGACAGCUGAGAAUGCAGCAAAAGCCUUGCUGAUGAAACUAGAUGGGAGCUGUGGGGGAGCCUAUGCAGUCACUGGCUGUAGCGUGCAGCCCUGGGAAAGCCUGUCGUCCAACAGCCACACGAGUACUACCAGCUCAACUGCAAGCAGUUGUGAUACAGAGUUUACAAAGGAGGAUGAGCAGCGGUUGAAGGAUUAUAUACAGCAGUUGAAGAAUGACAGAGCAGCAGUGAAGCUAACAAUGCUGGAGCUGGAAAGCAUCCACAUUGAUCCCCUUAGUUAUGAUGUUAAACCUCGUGGAGACAGCCAGAGGCUAGACCUGGAAAAUGCAGUCUUGAUGCAGGAACUGAUGGCAAUGAAGGAGGAGAUGGCAGAGCUGAAGGCUCAGCUUUAUCUGCUAGAGAAAGAGAAGAAGGCAUUGGAAUUGAAACUGAGCACCCGAGAGGCCCAGGAACAGGCCUACCUCGUCCACAUCGAGCACUUGAAGUCUGAAGUGGAAGAGCAAAAAGAGCAGAGAAUGAGGUCUCUCAGCUCUACCAGCAGCGGCAGCAAAGACAAAUUGGGCAAGGAAUGCAGUGAUGGCACCACAACACCGUUAACAUUAGCUGAGCUGAGACCGUAUAGUGAGAGUGAACUGACUGCUGAACUGACAAACGCGCUCAGGCGGGAGAAGAAACUGAAAGCUCGAGUGCAAGAGUUAGUGAGUGCUUUGGAGAGGCUCACAAAGAGCAGUGAAAUCAGGCAUCAGCAGUCUGCAGAAUUUGUUAAUGACCUUAAGCGGGCGAACAGUAACUUGGUAGCUGCUUAUGAAAAAGCAAAGAAAAAGCAUCAAAACAAGCUGAAGAAACUGGAAUCACAAAUGAUGGCCAUGGUGGAGAGACAUGAAACACAAGUGAGGAUGCUCAAACAAAGAAUAGCGUUGCUAGAAGAGGAGAACUCUAGACCGCACACCAAUGAAACUUCACUUUGAAUGCGUCUCUUUCAACAAUGGUUAGUGCCAUUACCAAUCUGUUUCUUUUGGAGGCUGUUUUUUAGGUUGCUUCAAACUCCAAGAGCUGUGACUGUCAACACAGGUGUAGUUCAUGGCCAUCUCUAGGGUAGCAGCUCUCCAGCCAGGAGCCAUGGGGAGAACCUAAGCAUUAAGCAAGGACUCUCUAACAAUGUAAAUGGACAGUGCCUGAAUUAUCAUGCCAUGAGUAUGUCUGUACUCCUACAGGUUCUCUUCCAUCUGAUGUCCCAAAGGCAAGUGUCGCGUAACAAAAUAAUACAUGUUAAGAGAUUUUAUUUGGGGCAGUUUGGAGAUAACUGGAGAGUUUCUCCCAAUCCCCAAGCUUCCUCUGCACACACCUUCUCUCUGUAUUGUACGCAAGCCUUGCUGCUGCGGUUUUAUCAACUAAAUAGGCAGAUUAGGGGUAGGGGAUGGAAGUCUCUUUAAGGUGAUGGGCUGGUUUGCUGUUUCCCCCAUACCUGCAGUACUCUUGCUCACAGAGCAGGUAGAGUAGGAAGAACUGUUUGUUUGGCAAAAAACAAGAAACCCUGGGCAUCUCUGGAAACUACGGUGAUGUAUUUCUUAGUUUGUAAGGGGGCUAAAGGCUGUGAGUUUCACCAUGCUGGAUAGUUUGUGCCAAGUUUGGGUAAGAAAUAGAAAAUCUCCUCAUAUUGCGUGUUGUAUGCAAUUAUUUUCUGCGACAGCUGGAUUUUCCUAUUAAUACAUUAUAGCCAAGGUUUUCUUUAAGAGGCUGGGCCAUCUUUGUCAUGUGCAUAGUUUUAUUACAUCUUUCUAUGAUCAAGGGGCAGAAUGUCUUUUUUUAAUACUUUUGACCAAAAAAGGUACUUAUUUAUUAGGAAUGUACCUGUUCAAUAUUAAAUACAUAUGCACAAGGCUCUAAAUGUGUGUAUGUAUGGAUGUACAACCACAAGCAGAAUGUGAAUGGUUAUGUCUUUAUGUAACUUCUUAAGCUAACUUUUGUUCCUGUUAACUUUCUUUUCUUAAGUAACAUCAUCCUAACAUAUUACCCAAGUAAAUGAAUGGAAAAUUUUGGCCUGUAACAGUAAUGAAGGCAAAGCAAGGUGAUAAGGUUGAUGUCUCUAGGGAGCAAAAAAGGGGAGUCUGACAUAAGAAAAUUCUUAUGUGAAACUUUCUCUUUUCAAUGUAGCCAUGACCAAGCAUGUGAAAUACAACUGCCAAUUUGGCAUUGUUAAAACAAGCAGGGAGCCCAAUAACUUUGUUCAGCUGUUACUGUGUUACUUCUCGCCUUUGUAUUUUUUCAAGCUUUGUUUUCUCCAGGAAAUCCAAUUUCAGGAGUUACUAUCCUUUCCGUUCGAACUACGACUUGUUUUAUGCUGGACUGCAUUUCGAGUUUGAUUAAUGUGUUCUUUCGUUAGUACUGCAGUUUCUAGUACUAAAGAAGUAUUUGUAAGAGGACUUCAACUGUUUCUGACUCGUCUUGGGUUAGGCCAGGCAGCCAAAGCAGUUCUGGGACUUUGUGUUCAGAAUUUGGUAUUAUUGUUAACUCUUGGUUACAACUGAAACACUUAUGGUUGUUGUUCAUCCCAGCUCUCUUAUUACGGUAGCUGCUGUUUUCGUCUUUCCUUGCAGUAUAAUUUCUUGAUACUUCUAUAGAUUCUGAUACAUCCAGCCACAAAGCCAAUGUCGUAAGUGGCUGAUUGCAGUAGUGUAAGUUAAGACAAUGCAGUUUUCAAAAUUUAAGUUGUAGGUGGUGUCCUCUUUAUUAAGAUAAUUGCACAAUUCUCACUUAAUUCUAAAAUGCAAAUGGAAUUUUUUGCAUAAUCAGACCAUUGAGGCAAUAGUUACCUUGAUUUCUUACUGUCUUUAUGCUUUUGCUAAGUAUCCAUUAUGUUUCUUUUUUGGCCAACUUUGUCAACAACAGAAAUAUGCAUUUUGCCAUGUGUGUGCUUUAGUAGUGGCUGAUCACACUUACUUCUGAAGAAACAUGAAAAAAUAAUCCACUGUGUGCUCUAGUAAAAAUGCAGUUACAGUUUUGUCUGCUGGUACCUGGAACAAGUAACUGGAGGUCAUCUCAAACCGUCAAUGUGAAAUACCUUUCACCUAAGGUAGCUAGUAACCAUUGUUCACUGGAUUCUCUCUUUGGCUCCAUGUUUUUCAUUUUGUUAGUAGCUAAAGAAAUUGUUAAGCCAGUUAGGCUUGAGGCAGUUGAGCCGAAACCCAUCUUUAUAGGCAAAAGUGUACAUUAAGGAAGCAUGAAAUGUACCUGGAUUUAAAAAACAAAGUUGCAGUGUCCUUCACUGGGCCUUAAAUAGGCGAUGAUUUGCUGACUCCGUAUGAACUAAGUGCAGUUGACUCCGUUUACUGCACAGCUCCCUGGCCAGCCGUGCUCUGAGAGCGUGUUAGAAUCAAUCACGUAUCAUCGCUAAGGUAAGUCGCUCUCCCUUGCUGCCCGUGGGGCUUAGAUACAGCAGCAAGACCGGUAUCUCACAGCGUCCACAGUCGUGGCUGAUCCACGUGCCAAACCAACAGGCAGCUUACAACAAGGCAGCAAGUAGCUACUGCUCAUUUAGUGGUGCACUGGCAAAGGCUGGUAGGAAAGCGGAGAAGGCUUUACUGGUGUUGUUUCGUAUUUUAACAAUUAGCCGCAGUUCCAGUGUGUCUCUUAAAAUGGCACUAAUCCUGAGAGUAAAUGCCAAAAACCUAGUUCCUUUUAUGCAAGUCUGAGACACAAGCCUAUACAAAAGUGUGCAUUUUAACUUUGUAUGAUGCAAGUCACCUCAAAUCGCUGCUACUAGCUCACUUAACACCUGUAACAGAAAUAGUACAUUUGCAAAGCAGGAAAAAUAAUUGUUCACUUAUUAAUUAAUCUUAGUUUGUAUUUUAUUUUUUGACUUUUUAAAUUGCCAGAGUGCAUGAGACUUUUUCCGAAUGCAAAGCAAAAUAUAAACCAAGUACUUUUUCUAAUUAAGUGUAUAAAUCUUCACCAGCUUGAAUGUACUGUUAGCUAUUACAAAGCACACGUGACUAAGUCUGCAUUAAUGUCAGUAUUGUUCUACCCUUUUUAUUAGGAGUUUCUCAUUUAAAAACUCAUUUAAUGCUGUACCAUACAUUGUAAGUUUAGAAAUUAGCUUUAAAUGUGUUGCUGAUUUUUAGUUUUUCCUAGCUGCUGUAAAAUAGCUAUUUUGUGUUUAUUUGAUAUAGAAUUGUAAAAACUGCAUUUAUUUAUA